CUCAAGACAGCCUGGGCAUCGGCGAAUAUGCGCAUGGGAAUUGCGCAAGGGCGACUUCACACGACUGCGCCUGAGACGAUAUACCCCGAGUUUUCAACCGCGCUCUGAUCGCACCAGAUAUGCCUCCGUGAGAGGUUAGACAUGUUGCGCAACAAUGGUCCAGGGGAAGAUCAUCAAGAGGCUCCUUGGUCAGCCUACGAAUGACCACAUCUCCGACCCAACCAUCACGUAUGAUGCGCGUACCACCAGAGAAUUGCAGAGGCCCACCUUCUCCCAGGAUGCCACCCAUUCUACCGGGUCGCCGCUUACCUGCGUCGACAUCUCCCCAUCUGGCAACUAUGCCGUAAUAGCGGGAGACAAGGUCUUCAAGACCCUAAAGAUCGAGGGCCCGAAAAUCGAGGAGCAGACAGAUCUGCGCGCUGCGAUAACCAUCCCUGGCGAUGGACUGAGCGACCAGCUGAAGAUUGGAGCCGUGCGCUGGGGCCACGGCGAGAUUGACAGCUCGAUAGUGACGGCAUCGGCAAAUGGAAGGGUCACAAUAUACGAUCUCAAUCGCAUAGGCAGCGGCUUCGAAGUUGGCCGCAUAAAAGAGCAUCAGCGCCAAGUCCAUCAGCUGUCUAUAAAUCCCUUCAGAGCGAAUCUGCUGCUCUCUGCCAGCCAGGAUGGAACGGUCAGGUUUUUCGAUAUAAAAGCUCCAACAGGGCGCAGCAACUUGACAUUUAUCAGCAGAGCCGUAUUCAAAUCUAAUGCGGAGCCAGUACGAGAUGUAAAGUGGAACCCAACCCGAGGAUUUGAAUUUGCAUGCGCAACGGUGUCCGGGACAAUACUCCAUUGGGACACGCGCAACCAGAAGGCACCUCUUCUGAAGAUCAAUGCGCAUGAUGGCGCUUGCAUGACACUUUCAUGGCAUUCCGAUGGCGAACACAUAGUUAGUGGUGGACUGGAUCAGCAAUGCUUUAUAUGGGACCUAUCAAGGAAUGCCGAGAAGAGGCAAAAACCCAAGCAUUCAUUUGCAACUCCAGCACCAGUGUCCAUUGUGUCCUGGAGGCCGCCGUCAUGGUCAUCGACUGCGCAGGCUCAACGAGCUGCCCAAGUUGCAGUCGUCUACGACGAUGUGAAUUCUUUGAAGACCCAAAAGUCCACAGUACAAAUAUGGGACAUUGCUCGCCCAGGACUACCGUUUAAGGAAAUUUCAAGCUUUGAAACAUCGCCCACAGCCUUGAAGUGGCAGCAUACAGAUAUUCUCUGGACGGUGACCAGGGAAGGAGAUUUCAGGCAGAGUGACAUUGCAUUCGCGCCAAAGGUUAUUGACCGCCGAAGCUUGUCAACGUUCGAUUUCUCUCCGUCAGGCGAAGUGUUGAUGUUGUUAGAAGAGCGGCGAGGCCGUUCAAGGCAUGUUAAUUUAGGGACGAACGACAAGCCGGUGAGAGCAAGGCUGUCAAUGACGAGCCAAAGCCCUUCAGGUAAGCUCAGCAUCAGCCGUAGUGACUCAGAAGAAGACACGGCAGGGAGCUUCUUAGGCCCGAAAUCAAAGCCAAGCAAGAAGCAUAAGCGCCAUACCAAUACAAGGUCUGCCACACCGCUUAGUACUACCCCGCCGUCUGGAGGAGAUAUGGCGACUGUGAUGAAGUUGGAAGAGUCUAUCAAAGUUACAGGGCCGUACAAGCCAUCGCAAACGAUGGCUAUUGGCCAUGCGCCGUCUGCUGUGCAUCGAGAUGUAUUCAAAUUUCUCUCAAGCGCUUAUUUGCAACGGAUAGCCAAGGAUCUCCAAGAUGCCGAGACCGCUGGCCUAAAGCGCGCUCCUAUUCAUGAGCGCAUGGCCUCCAUCAUGGAGUCUUUUGCCCGAGCCGCAGAGUUAGUUGGCCAAUACCGUCUAUCUCAGACCUGGAAAGUUCUCUCCUAUUCUAUAAGUUUACUCCUUAUUAGAAGAGCAAACUAUCAUCGAGAACUUCGCCUGGCUGAGGCUGAAAAAAACAAGGCUAGCCAGGCGACAAUUGAAGAGCAACAGACGAAGGAUAGGCAAACCUGGGGGCGACACAGGAUACGUGUAGAUAAGACACCGACGAAACGGACACGGUCAAAGUCACCUGUGAACCGAAAGGAAGGUCACAUUAGCUCUAUAACAAGGAGUAUAAUGGCAGAGGAGGAGAGCACAUCGACGAUGACUACUCCACUCGCGAGGCCAAUGAGAGAUUCGUUGAUUUUAGAUACUACGACACAGAAGCCGCUCCCAACUUUCGACUCGGAAGUGUUUAGCCUUCCGGAGGCAGCUCACUCCCCAGCCGAUCAAAGUAAUUUCUCGAGUAGGAAGUCUUCCGACGCAUCCGCAUAUGAAGCGGGCUACGACUUCUACGAUUUGGAUGCUAUCGCGAACACGCCCCCCAUAAGUAUUAUUGUCCCACCACGGAAAGCCCCACUACGUCUAGACGGUGGCUUUCCUCACGAUGGCUCCACAGCACACCCUGGGGGAAUGCUGCGUCAUGAUUCAAACGAGAGCUUCCAGAUGUUUUCCACGUCUGGUGAUUCGCAAUUGAGGUCGUCGUUUGCCUCCGACUCAGUUGGCCGCCGGUUUAAACAUAAGGAACCAUCUGAGCAAUAUGCAAGUUGGGAGAGCAGCGACCCAGCGUCAGAGCGUCAGAAUGCGGAGAGCUUUAAUUCCCAGGGUAGCAGCAUACCUGAUGAUAGCCUACGACCCAGAAGUGGGCACAGUAACCACCGGUCUCAAACUCCCACACCCUUCCCUAUUGAACAUCCGUCUUUGCCAUCUACCGAUGAAAGCAAGAUCUCUGAAAACUCAGAUACAGAGUCAGAACACGAAAUUAUGUCCAUUCACUGGCAAGACCUCGAUUCCGCCGCCGAUUCCUUCGAAGCUGUCGAUCUUUCAUCUCCCGAGAUCCUUGAUAUUGAUUUCGUUCCCCAACGCAGCGACCCACCGUUCACCCCUGCUGCGAUUGACCCUCACCUACUAAUCCCGCGCACUAUCACUUUUGAAACUCAGACCUCAUCCCUCAACGCGGCCGUCAUGGUGCUCCUCCUGCUUCCCCACCUCCUCCCGGGCACUAUCGACGAGUUACAAGCUCCCGCCAUCCUAUGCCAGUAUCAGAAUCGCCUACAGAGCAUGUUGCUCUUCACCGAGGCAGCGCUACUCCGCAAGCUAUCAUACCCCACUUACCCAACCGUCUACGGUCAGGGUCAGGCCAAAUGGGGCAUGGACAUUGGGUACUUCUGCCAGACGUGCCGGCGAGCGCUACGCAAAGACGAGAAUCUCCAAGUUGGCAAGCGGCUGCUGCGCUGCGAGCGAUGCAGAACUUACCUAGAUGGAUGCACGGUUUGCCGGCAGCAAGAGGAGCCGGAAGUGGCAGAAUUGGAAUUCGGUGGCGAUGAAACGCCGCCGGGAGGCAGGAAGGAGGUCAAGGCGCAACCGGCUGGGAAGUUGUGGUGGUGGUGUCAGGGCUGUGGACAUGGUGGGCACAGUGUAUGUCUGAGGGCGUGGCACUCGGGACCACCGACUCUGGAAGGCUCGGAUGCCAGCGAUGGGUGUUGUCCGAUGGAGGGGUGCCUGCAUCCCUGUCUACCAGGCCGCUGGCGUGAUGAGUGGAUGGUUGGUAAGGCUGUUGUGCGGGACACCGAGCUGAGUAAGCUUGUUAAGGAAGGGACGAGGGGGAAGAGGGCUAGUAUCAGUGGUCUUGUGCGGCGCGAUGAUAAGGAGAUAAGGAUUAGUCGCGCGGUAGAGCAAGUGAGGGGAACGUUGGGGUCCGGAGGAGCUGUGGAUAAGAAGAAGAGCGUUAAGGUUGUGGCUCCGGGCGAGGAGUAGGGGGGUUUAUGGGUAGGUGUUGGUUGGCUUGGUAGGUGUAUAUCUGGGCUCCACCAAAUGUGUUUGAACUGGUUAGAUGUUAUAAUGUAUUAUUAAUGGGUAAUGGGUAAUGUGUGGAUGGGAAGGGAUUAAACCUCCAGGAAUAAAAUCUUUAUCAUUACGCCCUACGCG